CGAAUAACGAUGACGUACCUCGGCGGCCACCCUGGGAACUCGGCCAUCAUCCGUGGUGCAGCAGCAGAAAACGCCGGGUUGUGAGUAACAAUCGAAUGUGUGUUACUUAGGUUGGGCUUCUAAGUACAUCGUUAAAAAUGUCAGAUCAACGAAACUUCUUCGUAGGAGGGAACUGGAAAAUGAAUGGAAGUAAAGCUAGUAUAGAUGGCAUUUUACAGUUUUUAAAUGAAGCCAAAAUACCAGCGAAUACUGAUGUUGUGUGUGGCCCACCAACGGCUUAUCUUUCCUACGUGAAAGAGCGAAUACAGGCGGGAGUGCAAGUGUCUGCCCAGAAUUGCUACAAGGUCGCCAAGGGAGCAUUUACUGGAGAGACCAGUCCUGCUAUGCUGAAGGACCUUCGCAUUGGAUGGGUCAUCCUAGGUCACUCUGAGAGGCGGCAUGUAUUUGGAGAAAGUGAUGAGUUGAUUGGUGAGAAGGUUAAGCAUGCACUGGACGAAGGAGUCAAGGUCAUUGCUUGUGUUGGAGAAACACUAGGGGAGCGUGAGAGUGGUUUGACCGAGGAAGUUGUCUUCAAACAAACUAAAGCAAUUGCUAGCAAUGUGAGUGACUGGAGUAGUGUUGUCAUCGCAUACGAACCAGUUUGGGCCAUCGGCACAGGAAAAACAGCCACCCCAGAACAGGCACAGGAAGUUCACCUCCGCCUACGUGCCUGGCUAUCGGACAACGUUUCCCCCUCUGUCGCUGCAUCAACACGCAUUAUAUAUGGAGGAUCUGUGAAUGCAAAGAAUUGUCAAGAUCUAGCAACCAAACCUGAUGUUGAUGGGUUCCUGGUUGGGGGCGCUUCACUUAAGCCAGAUUUCAUCACGAUAAUCAAUGCCAAGGGCUAAGAUGCUAAAGAACUGGUGCUAUUAUUACAAAUUUAAAGAGUGAAUUAAAA